GGAAAUGGUAAGUCUAGUCAAACACAAUUUAUAUUACUGUACAUGAAUACUUUUACAUAUAUAGAUGAAACAAUUGAAGGUACUAGCGAAAGUAAACAAGCGGACACAAAGGUAGACGAAUCUGACAACCAAAUGACUGUCGUAGAUGACGUUGGUAAUAGUAGUCCUGGUGGCAGUCCUUCAAAACAACGGUCUGUGUCAAGAUCACGAUCAAGAUCAUCAUAUUCUUCCAACAAGUCAGGUAAGGUUGUAGUUCUAUUGUAAAUACAAUUUUUCGAAAACCCUAAUGGUGAGAUGUAUAUUCUGAGAAUGUACAAACUAACUAUUUUAAUAUCUACAGUAUUUGUCUGUUCUUUAUGUUUGUCUGUUUGUAAAGCGUAUAAAAUAUACAAAACACACAAGACAACAGAUUUCACUUCGGUCCAUGGACAUUUUGCUCACCUAGGGCUAGGAGGUUUUUCAGCAGAUAUACAGUGCUUUUUUCUAAUAAACCUACCUGUCUCUUCGUUCGUUUGUGUGAUAGUUUGUUAGUUCAUUAGUUUGGGUCAUGUAAUUGAUUUUUCACAUCGGUUUUAUUAUUGUCAUAAGAUUACGAUAAGUGUCAAACCAUGUAUAAUUCUAUCUUGCUUUUGUUCAAAAUUGCUAUUAACAACGAGAGUAAUAAUAAGCUAUUUCGAACCAAUCUUGUCCCUGGGUGUGUGCAGUAAAAAUAUAUUUCAUCUGUAUUUUGUUUAGGAUCUGAGGAUGAGUCAAAAGAGGGUGAGAAACAAUCUAGAAAGCGACGUCACAAAUCAAUAUCCCCGAUAGUUUAUGAUAAAGACUCGUCUGGGAGUGAGAGUGAAUCCUCCGGUUCAGAUGGUAAACUUAAACUGUAUUUGUUAAAUUCCAGUGCAAGAUGUACAAACCUAUUUGCAUAUCAAACCAGUUAAAUCGUUCUUUUUAAAACAAACUGGCCUGCCCAAAUUUCAACAUGGCUUUCCCCACACUGUUUAAUAAUCUCACGCUGACAUUUUCUUUAUAAUAUGAUCGUUCUCUGAAGACAGUUAUUUGGUUAGAAGAGAUAAAGAGUGCGCAUUCUGUAUUCAAUAUUUCAUUCGACAAUUAAGUAAUUUAAUGAAGAAGCUCAAUAAGCAAUCCAAGUAUUUUUUUGUGUUUAAAAAUAAUUCAAAGAUGAGAAUUAUCGUAUUUGUCGUGGACAAAUAAACACGGAAGCAAAGGCUGUUUUUUAUGGAUUUAUUUAAAAUAACAAACCGCUGUUUUUAUUCCUUGUUUGAUAUGUAUUUUUUAAUGUGAUAUUUAACUCCAAAAUAAUUAAUUUUACGAUUCUUUAUUUUAGGAAGUGGCACACCUGUUAAAAGUAAAGUAGAUAAAGUAGAGAAGGAAAAACCUAAUAUUGACGAAUAUUUGAUGGAUGCUCGUUUUUUCAUAAUGAAGAGUAGCAACCAUGAAAAUGUUUCGCUAUCCAAAGCUAAGGUUUGUAUUUCACAAUUCAUUGAUAUGUCCAUUAUUACAUGUACAGGUAUAUGCAGUCACUUGAACUGUCUGUACCAGUGUAGGUAGUGCCAAUAAUAUUAACACGCUUUCGCCGGUAGGGUUGCAACUACCUGAAAAAUAUAAGAAGAAUUUCAGGUAGUUGCAUCCCAACCAACGAAAGCGUGUUAAUAUACAAUGACUGUGGAUCAUUAACCAGGAUUUUGUAUUUGACAGGGUGUCUGGUCUACACCAUACGCAAAUGAAAAGCGAAUCAACCUUUCCCUCAAGGUAACACUCUUAUGUUUAUCGUCAUCCAUACUACCAAACCAUACAAUAUAAAGAUUGCGAAAUUUUGUUUUGUUUCAGUAAAUUAGAGUUUUUGUCGUUCCUUGUAUUGUGAGCUAAAUUUUGGAAAAACCUAAACAUCAAAUCUGGUUUGCCUUCAUAAAUUCUUCAUUUUCAAAACUUCAAGAAAUAUGCAAUCUUGUAAAACUGGUUAAACAAACAUUCAACAAAAUUCGAACGACAUUCGGCCUGGUUUUGGCAAAGAUCUUUUUGCAUUUGAUUAAUACAGAGUUGCAAUCUGGGAAAACCGGGACAAUUUGUUUAUAUAUGCAUUAUGGAUGGAGGAUUUAUAACUUACAUUUUUUUCUUUUUUCUUAAAGAAAUACCAGAAUGUUAUCUUGAUAUUCUCCAUUAAAGAAAGUGGAAAAUUUCAAGGUUUUGCUCGAGUAUUGGAUGAAGCAGAAUAUGGUGGACGGCCAGUACCAUGGGUUUUACCUCCAGGUCUGAGCGCAAAGGCAUUAGGUGGAGUCUUCAAACUUGAAUGGCUUAACAGGUUAGAUUAAGAAAUUAUUACACUGGCCGCAGCCAGUGUCAUAGAAUGCCCUUGCUGAAAAUGCUGUCUUUUUCGGGGGUAUUUUUGUUGUCGCAAGUGUGACUUUCCUUUGCGGCAUCGUGGGCUCAGGAUUGCGCAAUUUAGCUAAAGCAUGCUCACGCUGAUUAUGACCAAUUCAACACAAUGUUAACCAGAACGAAUUUCGUAUUUAACUACGUUACAAAUCUUAGACGCUGUAAUUGUGGGACGUACAGUGUAUUUUAUUAUAUUUCAUUGCGCAUGCGAUUGAACUUUUCUGUGUUUUCCGAUAUGAUAUCGCUGAACUCUAUUGGUUUUGUAUGGAUUUUUAUUGUGCCGUACUCUGAAUGUUUGUGAUCAUGAAGUGACGGCCGUCAAGAACAACAUCUACAUGUUUCAAAUUAUUUUUUUGAAUAUUGCGAUGGUAUUUUACCAACCGCGAAGCCAGUGUGAACGCCUAACCAGGCGUCUUGUUUACUUAUUCAAUCAAUCAAACCAUUUAGUUCAACACGACAGUUCAGUCACUAGUCAGAGGAGAGUUGAUGUGGUCAUGCAUAAUGCUACGUUAACUAAACAAAAAGUAUUCUCCAACUAAACUAGUCACGGAUUUCAAAAAUUACCAGUGUGGCUAAUCCAUCAUCGUUAAUAUAAUAUUCUGAUCACUAUUUUUGUAUUUGAUUAGGAAAGAAUUGCCUUUCUCAAAGUGUUCCCAUCUGCGAAAUCCGUACAAUGACAACAAGGACGUGAAAAUCUGUCGUGAUGGCCAGGUAAUUGUCCC